AAAAGAAAAACUGCGGACCGAAUGACCGAUAUCAUCGGGUCAGGGUCUGUGGAUUUCAGUUCAGUUUUCCCACCGCUACGUAGGCGGGCGAUUAGAGAACGGAGGGUUAAACACCGCAAUAAUCAGUUGAGGAGGAAGAGGGCAGAUGGCAAGUCAGCUGAAAAACCCUAAAUAUCAUCCGAAGCUCAACCCCAACUGGGCUGAGCUAUGUCAAAAACUCAAUAUCAACAGUUCAAAGAAACAGCUCAUAAAGCCUAUGCGAGAAUCAGAAACCCCUAGUACCAUCUUGGGGAAGAGAAAAGAGAGGCAUAAUGUGCUAGCGAGUGAUUCACAGACCAACCCUUUGGAUCCUACCUCGUCUGAUUUUAGUGUUACUGAUGUGAUAGCCAUGGAUUGUGAAAUGGUUGGUGUCAGCUCUCUUGGACACAAGAGCGCACUUGGGCGAGUCACAUUGGUAAACAGAUGGGGAAAUGUUAUAUAUGAUGAAUAUGUCCGGCCAAUGGAAUAUGUUGUUGAUUUCCGCACCAAAAUAAGUGGAAUCAGACCUCACCACUUAAAGAAAGCAAAGAAUUUCAAUGCCGUUCAGAAGAAAGUUGCUGAGCUGACUAAAGGAAGAAUUCUUGUUGGCCAUGCUCUGCACAAUGAUCUGAAAGCUUUGCUGUUAAGUCACCCAAAGAAUGAUGUGCGUGAUACUUCCGAGUAUCAACCUUUCCUAAAAGAAGGACGUAGUCGUGCACUUAGGAGUCUUGCAGCCGAAAUUCUAGGAGCAGAUAUACAAAAUGGAGAGCAUUGUCCGGUGGAAGAUGCACGUGCUGCUAUGUUGCUUUACUUAAAACACAGGAGGGAGUGGGAAAAGCAUGUCAAGAGGAUGAAGAAAAAACAGGGAAUCCGGAAGCCGAAGAAGAAGAAGCUGGCGAAAGGUGCAGCCGUAGGUGAAGAUCAACUUGCUCCUGGAUAAUGUCUCCUGAGGCCUGAACUGCUAUGUUUUUUGUUUUCUUCAUCAAGAAAAAAAGGGUUUUCUGCUCAAACAGGUGAGGAAAUGAAUGGAUCUGCUCUUCAAUAUAAAAGAAGAAACACAGUAGAGUGUGCCUGCUCUUCUUCUUUCAAUGUACUGAAUAACUCGCCAAUUUCCAGAGUUCACACUGCAUCUGGUGGCGGAUGCCUUCAUUUAUUUUUUUAGGCUGGAUUAUUCUUAUUUUGGCACCAGAUAUCAUUUUCCAUCGACUGUUUUAGUAUGUUGGCCAUGGAAACAUAAAUAGGCUGGAAUACCAAAUUGGUAAAAAAAGAGGCUCAGGUCAUAUGGCUCAUUUUUAGCAGCGUGCUAAAAGAUGAACAUGUACCUGAGAUGAACUGAAUGUGGGUAUUAUGCCUGUUCGUCUAGCUCUGUGAAGGAGCUGAGAAUAUUGCUAAAAGUUAUGGAGAACAAGUUGUCAAUCCUUUAUAAUGAAAUAAAUGCUACUAUUUAUACUACUAAGGGAUAGGUAGAUUCCCUGACGUGGAUUGUUGUGGAUGGCUGUAUUCUCAAUCACCAAAUCUUCAGCAAUAAAUGUGUCUCCUGCCAAUAUCUUGGUUUCCCGUCAAGGUCUGUGGAUGAACUUUUUCAUGAUCCUGGGCCCUUGCCUUGGUGGUGUAAGGGCUGGGCUCCUUACGUCUCCUGCUAAUCAUCUGGCCGUGGGCGCUUACCGAUCACUUGGUGCAUUGGUGGGCUAAGGUCAUAGGGACUGAUCGUCUUGUUGGGUCAGUCGGUCGUCUUAUGGCACUUAGGUCCAUCAUGGUCAACUGUCCUUUAUGGGUUGUGUAGUCUAUUGAAGAGCAUCUUUGGGCCUUUCUCUCGACGGGCUUUGAUGAUCUUGGUUAAGGGAUUAAUGGGCCGAUCCCUGGUUGGGCCAUUAACCCAACGGAAACAUAUUCGAUAUCAUUUAUCAAUGAUUACGGAGUAUAAUACAAAUUUUUAUAACCCAACAAAAUAUAUAGUAGCAUGUAGCAUGAAUAUGAUUUCAAAAUACAUUACAUGAAUCUAAAUGUUAUGAAAGACUUCUUUAUAGAAAACUUU